AUGGCGUCUAUUGCGACCCAUCUUGUUGUUGUUGUUACCAUGUUGGUCUCAGCCGUAGCCAUGGCAGAAUCUAACAUGCUUCAAGAUGUUUGUGUUGCUGAUUUAUCCAAUGCGGUCAAAGUCAACGGAUACACAUGCAAGGACACAACACAAGUAACACCAGAAGACUUCUACUUCCAAGGCCUAGCCACCGCAGGAGCCGCUGCCAACACCUCCACGGGCUCCAUAGUAACCGGAGCCACCGUGGAGAAGCUACCAGGACUCAACACUCUCGACCUCUCCAUGUCCCGCAUUGACUACGCACCAAACGGCCUAAACCCACCACACAUCCACCCACGUGCCUCUGAGAUCAUCUACGUCCUAGAGGGUCAGCUCUACGUAGGCUUUGUAACAACCGCUGGAAAACUUGUUGCUAAAUACAUUAACAAAGGAGAAGUCUUCGUUUUCCCUAAAGGACUACUUCAUUUCCAGAAGAACAUUGGUAGGGCGGCUCCAGCUUCUGUGAUAGCAGCUUUUGAUAGCCAGUUGCCUGGAACACAGUCUCUUGUGUCCUCUCUCUUUGGUGCUCUUUCUGACGACAUUCUUGUUCAGUCGUUUCAGUUUAAACCCAAAUUGGUUAAGAGGAUCAAGUCUAGAUACCAACCCAAGAAAUGA